AUGAAGGUCGGAAUCCCCGCGAAAUCAAAAACCACGAGUACCGCGUGGCUAUCAGCCCAGCAGGCGUCCACGAACUGGUCGGCCGAGGGCACGAGUGACGAGGAUUUCAGGGCCGCGGGCGCGCAGAUCCUCGGGUCCGCCGAUCCAGAAGAGUAUUCGCGACUCCGUAGGGAUCAGGUGCUCUUCACCUACCUGCACCUGGCGGCGUCGAAGGAAUGCACCGACGCACUCCUGGCUUCGAAGACCACCUCCAUCGCCUACGAAACCGUUCCGGACGCCUUGCGCCGCAGGCCGGCGCCCUACCACUUGAUGCGUCGACACGGCGGCGGACGCGGAGUGCUGAUGGGCGGCGUCCCUGGAGUGCGCCCCGCCAAGGUCGUGGUGAUCGGUGCUGGCGUCUCCGGCAAGAACGCCAUCGCCGUGGCCUACGGCAUGCAGGCCGACGUCACCGUUCUCGAUCUGUCGAUCGCGCGCCUGCGGGAAAUCGGACGAGCUGUACCACGGCCAGGUCAAGACCAUACGUCCAACAGCCUCGAACUGGAACAGGCAGUACUCGACGCCGACCUCGUCAUCGGCGCAGUGCUGGUCCCCGGGGCGAAGGCGCCGACCCUCGUCUCCAACAGCCUGGUGGCGCGCAUGAAGCCGGGAUCUGUACUGGUCGACAUCGCCAUCGACCAGGGGCGGCUGCUUGAGGAUUCACACGCGACCACGCACGCCGAUCCGACGUACCAUUGUGUUCACGGUUCCGUCUUCUACUGCGUGCUGCGAACAUCAUUGGAGCCGUCCCCGUACGUCGACGUACGCGCUCCACCAACGCGACGCUUCCGUACGUCGUCGCAUUGGCAGACAAGGGACUGGAGCACACACGACGGCCUGCUCCUGGCCGACAGUGUUGCAGCGGCACACGGGUACUCGGCUACGACUCUC